AUGUCAGAGGAGAAAGCAAAAAUGUCGAUUUCAAAGAAGAGAGCCGCGGAAGAUCCGGCUCCAGCCAAAAAGACCAAGAAGAGAAAAUCCAAGCACGCCGUAGAAGAUGAAAAUCUUGACGCUGAGCUUGGCCUCAACACUCUCUUCGCCAAGAUGGACAGCCAGUUGCUGGCCGACUACCACGUGCAGAAAUUGGCGAGAUUCGGCACUGAUUUGAGCCCUGUUGAGCUAUCGGAUUUGGCCUUGUCAGCCGCUUCUAUCAAGGACACCACCUCAUGGCAGAAAACCAGAUCAUUAGACAACUUGCCAGCUUUCCUGGAGGAAUUUUCAGAGCACCCUGAGAGCUUGAGUAGGGCGCAGAAGAAGAAUGGCAUGCCUCACACCAUCGUUGUUGCUGGUGCCGGCCUGAGAGCCGCGGAUCUUACCAGAGCUCUACGAAAAUUUUCAGGCAAGGACAGUUUAGUUGCGAAGCUGUUUGCAAAACACAUGAAAGUCGAGGAACAAGUCACUCUGCUCAAGAACAAAAAGAUUGGCGUCGGCGUCGGCACACCUGCGCGUCUCAUGGAGCUUAUCGACAAUGGCUCAUUAUCGCUGGAUAAACUACAGCGCCUGGUCGUCGAUGCCUCGCACAUUGACCAGAAGAAGAGGGGCGUCAUGGACAUGAAGGACACCGUGAUGCCUCUUGCACGAUUUCUUGCGAGGAAGGAGUUCAAGGACCGAUAUGGCGACGAGAAGAAGCCGCUUGACUUGCUCUUCUACUAA